AUGCCAAAACACUGAUCCAAUUUUAAUGUGUACUUUAUUCUUUAGGUAUGUCAAUCUGAUUCAAGAUCACGUGACAUUUUCGCUAUUGUGCUUCGCAGUGCGAGCUGUUGGAGCACUCGGUGGUUCGGCCUGUGAGACAUCUAUAGUUGUGAUACUAACACAAGAAUUUCCUGAAACUCUUGCCUUUGUUAUAGGUUUGUUGGAGAUUUUUUCUGGCUUGGGAUUCGUCGUGGGUCCAGUUCUGGGUGGUGUCUUUUACUCGCUCGGUGGAUUUAGGCUUCCUAUGGUAGUUGUUGGUGGCACUUUACUCGUUUUUCUACCUUUAAUUUGGAUACUUUUACCCAGACAAGAUUACAUCGGCUCAGAAGACCCACAAGAUCGUUUAGAGUUGUUCAAACGUGCGAUUUCCAUUCCAGGAGUCAUUAUAAUGUGUUUCUCUGGUUGCAUCUGUAUUAUUUCAUUAUCUUUCCUUGAGCCAACGUUACAGUCACAUGCAGAAAAGUUUGGUGUUAACUCAACGGGCGUGGCACUUCUCUUYCUGUCAGCCUCUAGUACUUAUACGUUGGUGGCUCCAAUCGCAGGGUAUAUUCUUAAUAGAAAGUUGUGGGGCAGAAUGUUUAACGUUGUUGGAUCACUUGGCACGUCUAUAUUUUUGAUGUUSUUAGGUCCUGCGCCAUUUCUAAAGCCUUAUCUUCCUAAAAAUGCGCUAUGGCUGUUAAUAGUUUCUCUAAUGGGGGCCGGACUAUUUGACGGACUAUUAAUAGUUCCUAUUUUACCUGAAAUGCUUCGCUGUUCUUAUGAAAGAGGUUUAGAGAAGGGCCUAGAGUUAGACUCGCUGCUCUCUGGUUUCUAUACUGGAUUUCUCAAUUUAGGUGCUUUUGUUGGGCCGAGUGUUGGAGGAAUUCUAAACGAUCAKUAUGGCUUUUCUUGGACAGCUACGAUCGUAGGAUUCUUAAUGGCUGGACAGUUUUUGGUCAUUUCUAUUUUCUACACAUGUAACAGGCAACGAUCAGUAACAGUGGGUCUCACAGAGCACGAACCACUUAUUAGUAGUGAACGUACAAUACCUGACUAUUCUUAGCUCGUCUUUUAAAGAAUCGAAUUUACAUAAGAAAUUAAAAGAAUUACCGUUACCUUAUUUUGAACAUUCAACUCUUACUAUUACGCACAAAAUAAUGGUUUAUUAUGACAUUUCGAGGUACAACGAGAAGAUAAUUCAUGCUAAUAAUAUUGAUAUUAAUAAAUARCAACAAACAAGUUAAUAAAUGCUAAAAUGAAAUUCCAUGAACAUCAAAUUUAAGCCUUCAUUAUCGUAUUUCAAAUAACGAAACAAUUGCUAACAAAGAAACAAAUUGGACGCUCAUGUGUUAAGAUUGUAAUAGAUGCAUUCUGAAUGAAUAAAUAAAUAAUACUAUUGACAAUCGCCCGUGAUGUGUAUCUUCACCA